GUGGUUGUUUAUGGUCAGAUAAUUGCUGUUGUUGUCCUUAUCGUACUGCUUAGCUUAACUAAGACUCAGAGCGCUAAGCUAUUAGUGCUAUCGAACAAUUGUCAGUAACACUUGCAGUAAAACAAAUUCUAUUUGGAUUUAAACUUGAAAUUUGGUAAGUUGUAUGGCCCAUGCUCUGGUAAAAGGCCGGAUGAAUGCAUACAAUAUUUAUGCUUUUAAUCGAUGUAUAUAUCUAUGCUGAUUUAUAAACUGUCACUGUUUUACAUAUUACAUGGAUGUAGCUCUCUUUACUGACAUGAAAAGGUCAUCCAUAUAAUGCUAAUUAAGUACCGUAAUGAUCAUGUGUGUUAUCAUCGCAUAAUGAUAUAAUUCGAUUCCACAAUGAUAUAAUUGUUAAAAUUAUGCUGGAAAAUCAGGGGGAUCUGUACAACCAUGAGAGCUUGGUAGCCGCAGUGAAAUCUGCAGAUGUUGUGAUCUCUGCAGUGGGUUACACUCAGCUGCCAGAUCAAACCCACAUUAUCUCAGCAAUAAAAGAAGCUGGAAAUGUAAAGAGAUUCCUGCCAUCAGAGUAUGGGAAUGAUGUGGACCGUGUGCAUGCGGUUGAGCCUGCAAAAUUAAUCUUUGCUGGCAAAGCUCGUAUAAGGCGUGCCAUUGAAGCUGAAGGGAUUCCGUACACCUAUGUAUCAUCCAACUUCUUUGCUGGUCAUUUCUUGGCAAGUCUUGGACAGAUUGGGGUUACUGGCCUUCCAACAGAUAAUGUUCUCAUCAUGGGUGAUGGAAAUGUUAGAGCAAUAUUUGCGGCAGAGGAGGAUGUCGGCACCUACACAAUCAAAGCUGUAGAUGAUCCAAGAACCCUGAAUAAGAUCUUGUAUUUGAGGCCACCGAGCAACAUCUUGUCUCAUAAUGAGCUUGUCUCACUCUGGGAGAAGAAAGUUGGAAAGAGGUUUGAGAGGGUGUACAUUCCAGAAGAUGAGGUCCUAAAGAAGAUUCAAGAGUCUGCGAUUCCACUGAACAUAAGGAUGUCAAUAAGCCAUUCUGUGUGGGUGAAGGGGGACCACACCAACUUUGAGAUUGAUCCUUCAUUUGGAGUUGAAGCCACCGAGCUUUACCCUGAUGUCAAGUACACUACUGUCGAUGAAUACCUAAACAAGCUCCUUUGAACUCCUAUAUCCUAAGUCUACUAUUCAAAUACAUCGAAAUAUAGGAAAAUAUAUGCUGUGAUUAGAAACCCAUGGCUUUAAAAUAUCACGAGACCUCAAUCGUGUAAAAAAAAACUUUCCCUAACCUUGAAGCCCUGUGUGGCCGAGUUUUAUUGUUGGCUGUGAUCAUUAAAAGUACCAACAAGAUUUCUAGUGCUA